AUAACCUGAGAACGGUCGAUCCUCUAUAUCAUUUCUACACACGUACAAUUCGUGUGCCAAUUGUCGGCUGGGCAGUCUGUCCAUAGUCCAACCUGCUACACGCCCCCCCGGCGCGCCGUCGAGACCACUUGCGCAGCCAACGCCUGCGCCAGCCUGCAGAACGGCGAAACUAUAAAGUCCCACGAUAGCCAUGCCCCCCAGCUACGCGGGCCGUCGCGGCCAGGCCGUGAACGUGUCGCAGCUGUUGCAGGAUCUCAACCGGGGCCCCGAGCCCCCGGCGCCCAUGUCCGAGGAGAACCUGCGGAGCUUGGACGACGAGCUCGCCAUGUUCACCAACACCAACUUCAUCGACUGGGACGCCAACGAGAGCCAGCAGCAGCAGCAGCCGCCGCGGUCGGUCAGCGUCAACUUGGACACGCAGUCGACGACAUCGCCCACGGAAGAGGGGCCCAUCGGAGGGGAUCUGUCGGCCUUCGACUUCAAUAUUCCCGGCGACUACAACGGGUUUGACUUCCACCCGUAUUCCACGCCUAACGUCUCGCCAUUCUCGGACAAUCUGGCCAAUCUGCAACCCAUCCAGCCCUCGUCUUCAUAUCCCCAGAAUGGCUCCCCCCCGAGCCCCUACGGCCCCUCGAUGCCGCAGACGGGAGAGAAGCGCAAGGCCGACGCCGCCGCCCCUCCGCCGCGGCGGCAGCUGUCCUUCGAGGAGCAGUCGCGGUUAGCGGCCGAGGAGGACAAGCGGCGGCGGAACACGGCCGCGAGCGCGCGGUUCCGCAUCAAGAAGAAGGCCCGCGAGCAGGCUCUCGAGAAGCGCGAGAAGGAGCUCAGCGAGAAGGUCGGCAGCCUCGAGGGCCGCAUCCAGACGCUCGAGACCGAGAACAAGUGGCUGAGAGAGCUGGUCAUGGAGAAGACGGGCGGAAACGAGACACUCAUCUCGACGCUGCUGGAGAAGCAGAACGACAAGAAGAUACCUGCCGGCAAGGAGUCGGAUAGCAGCUCGAAGGCGACGACCGAGGACAGCCCAUAACCCGCCCCGCGCGGCGCAACGACGGACGUUCCCAUUGGUUGCAACAUUGAUGACGGCGUUAAUCGGGGGGGGGGGGCUUAACUCAUACGGGUCAUACGCCGGAGUGGACGGAAGGCGGUAAAGGAUGUGGCACAAGGGAGGAUAUAUCACGUUUGAUUUCUGGUCAAAUGCAUACCGGUUGCUUGUUUUGUUUUUUUUCGUCAUUGUUUUUAGGCUGCGGGCUUCGUCCCGCCACGGAAGAGAUGUAACGGCAUAGGUAAUGAUAUUUGGGAAAAAGGGGGCGAGGGAGAGGGGGACCAAACUAUAACCUAUCUACUCAGCACAUACACGAUACACACGAUCGAUACCAUCUUGCUAUGACGUCCCGCUCCCCGCUCCGGCCGUGAGACUAGAUUUGUAGCUCUUUGCUUUUUUUUCUCUU